GAAGAAAAAAACUUUGAAAUGUGGCAAUGCUUGGGCAAAUGCAAAUUAAACAUCUUUGAAGAGAGCAGUUGAACAGAAAGUAAAGCAAAAAACCCUGGCUUGAGUUUCAGAGCAAAAAACAAAAACAUGUCCCUCCUCCGCCAUGUUUGCACAACCUCAAAGCUCUCAGCAGCAGCAGCAGCAGCAGCAUCAGCAGCAUCAACAGCAACGAUGGCGAUCCCUUGGAAGUACAAGAAGUUCGCCAUAUCACAGGGUCAGAAGUCCCUCACCGACUACCUCCACGCCACGCGCAGCAUCCCUUACGCCUACGCCAACCAAAUCGCCAAGAACUCCCUCACUUCCCUCACCACCCUCAUCACCACUCUCGGCACUUCUUCCUUCUCCCCUCUCCACUUCCCCCACAACCUCAACAAGUUCCUCAUGUACCACCCCAUCAACGAAUUCGAGUUCUUCUUCGAGAGCAUUGGCAUUCACCCCUCCAACUUCCAUUCUCUUUUGCCCCAAGACAAGUUCUUUUUCUCCCAAGAUGAUACCCUUUUGAGUGCUGCUUGUGUUCUUUACGAGUUUGGGUUUCCCUGGGAUAGGCUUGGGGUUUUGUAUGUGGAGAGUGGCUGUUUUCUCAAUUGGGGUGCUUCUGAGUUGAAGGAUAGGGUUUGUGGGUUCAAAAGGUAUGGUCUUUGCAAUGAGCAGGUUGUUGGGGUGUGUAUGGCUUUUCCCUUUGUGUUUGAUGGCCAAAAGGGUGAUGAUGAGGUUGAGGCUUUGUUUCGUGAUCUGGGGUUGCUGUUUGGGGAGUUUGGUUUGGCUGAGUGUGUUGAGGGGAAGGGGAACUAUAGUGUCGAUGAUUGGAUUCGGGUGUGUAGGAAGAUAAGGUUGUUUUAUGAUUUGAAUGGUGGGAAGAGCUUAGUGGAGCUCAUUGGAAGGAACAAUGGUGGUGGUGUUGGUGUCAUUGUGGAGCAUGGGGAAGAGGAGUUGGUUCAAGCAGCUGAGUAUUUUUGUAGGUUUGGUGCGAAGAAGGAGGAUGUGGCACGAUUGAUUGUAGACGGACCGGAGUUGUUGGAGCUUGAUUUGGAGGCAUGGGUGGUUGAUGUGGUGAAGCUGUUGAAGUACUUUGGAAUGAGAUCGGAUGAUGUCGAGGAUGUUAGGAGGGAUUAUGCUCAUGUAUUGGGGACAGUUAAGAUGGGUAAUCUGCCCAAUGUGAUGAGAGCGUUAGGUUUACGUGAGUGGUUCUUUGAUAAGAUCAACGAUGGGAAUCAUCAAUUGUUAGUUAGUUUUGUCACGAGCUGUCCCGGUGAAUUCCAAGAUGAAGGCUAUCUAGGUCGUUUGAAGGCGAUUCAGGCAUCAAGAACCCCAACUCACAACAUUAGCAAGUUGAAUUUCUUGCACGCCAUUGGCUUUGGCGAAAAUGCUUUGACCAUGAAUGUGUAUGCUCAGAUGCAUGGAACAAGUGGCAAAUUACAAAAGAGAUUUAAUUGCCUUCUACGUCUUGGGAUUGAAUUUUCGAAGAUCUGUAAGAUGAUCACAAUUCAUCCUAAGAUUCUUAGCCAAAACCCUCAAAAUUUAGAGCAAAAGGUUAAUUUCUUUUGUCAGGAAAUGGGAUAUUCACUGGAGCAUUUGAUCACUUUUCCAGCAUUCUUGUGCUUUGACUUAGAGAACCGCAUUAAGCCUAGGUACAGGUUCCAUAUGUGGAUUAUGGAAAAGGGUCUGUCUUCCAAAAAUUAUUCCAUUACAAGCAUGGUUGCAACAAGCGACAAGAAUUUUGUUGCUCGCGCUCUUAAAAUUCACCCAGCUGCUCUAAAACAUUGGUUUGAGCAAUUCUAUCUAAGAAAUUUGCCAGUGCGAUGACAAUGAUUUUUUUACAAUUGUGGUUGUCUAUGAAACUCGAGCAAUUAUUCCAAUUGAAUUUGCACAGAUUCUUAAACUUGGUUACUUCCUAUAUUUUGGUUUGGAGUUGAAGACAAACCUUUUGGAUGUUGUUGGAGAAGUUGUGAGAGAGGUGUAUAUGCUUUGCAGUGAUAGUGAGACAUCAAGAAUGGCCUGCGAAUUUCUUAUUAUGCUUUACUUCAUUUCCUAUGACCUGAUCUCAGUUCUGAUUCAGAGAGAAACAAACCACAAAUUCUGCGAACCAUUAGUUGUGCUUCUUCAAAGUGAUUAUAUCAUAGUGAAGGCAAGGAACUGAGAACAAAUCCAUUCCUCUCUAGGUAGGAUGAGGGUUAGGGAAAGGGAAAGGAAGGUCUAGAAGGUUACUUUCUAUUAUAUGUAACACCUAUUAAUGGACCCCAAGGUGAAGAAUCAAUGAUAUGAAGCCUUUUUAUACAA